AUGCAGCCUGCACUAGCUCCAGCGCCGCAUCCAAGCAUGCAAACAUCUGCUCAGGAUCCUGCUGAUCAAGUGCUCCACGAUUCGCUGCUCGCAGCGUCGGCGCACCAGCACUUGUCGCAGCACGCGCAGCACGCGCAACAAGCGCGCCCGCCGCAGCCGAACCCGCAACCUCACCAUCUGCAACCCAAUGCCACGAGCCCGCGCGAUCAAAACAACAUCGACCCUGCGAUUUCCGGCGCCGCCAUGCUCCCACCUCCCCCUCAACCCCCAACGCAAGCGGACCCGAGUGGUCAAGACCAGUCGAAGACAUAUGGCAAACGACCGCUAUCUACGUCGAAGCGUGCUGCCCAGAAUCGUGCCGCUCAAAGAGCCUUCCGUCAACGAAAAGAGAGCUAUAUCCGCAAACUGGAGGAGCAGGUGAAGGAAUUCGAGGUCAUGUCGCAGGAGUUCAAAGCUUUGCAGGCUGAAAACUACCAACUACGCGAGUACAUUAUCAACCUUCAAUCGCGGUUACUGGACUCGCAAGGUGAAGUCCCCGAGCUGCCGGGAAAUAUCGACCUGAGCCAGCCACGCGCCGAAAUCUCUGUACCACAGCCUGCCUCUCGACCCGCGGCCCCGAACGUCCCGCAACAAGGUUCACCCCAGAGCCAGGUAUCUAUUGCCAACGAUGAAAUGAAUUCGUUGAACCGCAUAGCGGAAGCCGGGCUAGGAAUGCGCAAACAUCCCAACGAGGAAGCCUUCCUUGCCAACAACUUCCAAGCUCGCCGCGGGCGCGGUGAGGAUGGCCAGCCUGACCACUCCGAGGCCACGAAGACGGAACCACCGACCCACGGACUACCGAUGGUUCAAUGA